CUCUCUCCUCCCGCACGGCCGGCAACACCCUGAGAAAGAGAAAGCGAGACAUAGAGAGAGACAGAAACUGAGAUUGAGAGUGCGGCUGCUUCUGGUUGUCGUCUCUUUCUCCUCCUUAAGUGCAACGUUACGCUUGAAUCGCAGCUGACCGGGGGCCGAGAAGAUCAAGCAGCCGGCUGCCUGGUUGUCACAAUUUUGAAGCACGGAAGUUUUCACUGUUAAAGCCAAAGCCGUAAACUGGAGGAGAGAUGAAAUCUGAUGGGGUUGCCCGCAGCUGAACCAAUGACGGGAUAGAGAGUGCCGAGUCUGGUAAUGACGCUUCACCACCGGGGGAUGUAUUGCCCCCGCAGUCAACGGAAAAACCAGCAAGCAACUGGGAAUCCAGCUACUCCUAAAUCAAAGGGCAGCAAAUGGGAAGGCCAUGGGAGAAGGAAAGCCUAAAGCCAAAGGUGUUGGUGGUGCACUAAAGGGAAGGCCAAUGCUGCGCCAGUCAAGACGACUAGUUCUGCGGCCUCCUCAAAACGAAUGACACUCACCCCAGAACAUCUAAUGGAGCCCAGAGACCAAUUAUACUAAUGGAGUAGCCAAAAAAAAAACCACCAACAGCUACUGAAAAGAAAGUUGCAGCAGUAGCUCCAGCUAAAAACCUGGUUGCCCCCAAAUGCCAAAAUUGCUGACAAAAAGCUUUGGAGUGGCUCGACCUGCCACAGCACCUUCCUCAUCCACCCUAUCAGCCAAUGGGGUGAAGCAAACUGUGCCAACAAAAAAGCCAGGAUCCGCUGGAGUCACAACAGCAAAAGUGCGUCCUUCAACAUCUGCCAGUUCAACACUAAAGACCACUUCCACCGCUCCUUCUAAAUCGACCUUGGGGCCUGCGGCAGGAGCUAAAACUGAGAAACCAGGAGUUACAAAGACAAGCAGACCUGUUGGCUCUUCCCAAGCAGCGACUCGCCCAACUAGUAAUGCAGCAUCCAAGCCGCCCGCUCCUAAGCCUGCCUCGGCCAAAGUGGGGAGUACAGCGCCAUCUAGUGCCAAAACCGCAGCAGUGGCUUCAAAGCCUUCAUCUGCACCUGCAAACAAGAAAGCCCCCGAUGCCUCCAAAGUCUCUGCUGCUAAGAAGCCUGUAGCUGCUACUGCUCCAAUCAAACCUUCAAAAAGUGAAACCCCAAAAGUAGCUUCAGCUGUCCCAUCCACAAAUGCAGAAACCAAGCGUUUAUCUGCCACUCCUAAAGCAACUGAGAAAGUCAAGUCAAAGAUCCAGCAGGAGUCCAAAACUCAGCCUUCCCCUUUGAAAAACAGUGCAAGCCCUCGUACUCCUUCCAGACCGGGUCUGCUGAAGACUGCUUCUCCCAGUCCAAAGAAGACCAUUGGUAGCAGUGCUCCAAUGCCAGUUAAACGCCUGGCAAAACCCACACAGUCCGUACAACCCAUCAUGAGCAGCGGGGCAGCCACAAAGGAAGCCCAACUUCCUGCUGCUUCUGAAGAUGUUCCAGCUACUCCAGAAGCUGUGCCGGUGGCUGAAGCACAAACCUCAGAAACGGUGCUCGAGAGUCUGAAUGAAAAUGCUGUUCCACAAGAUGUUUUGGAAACCGCCUCUAAAGUUCCUGAGGAAGCUGCAGUUAAAAUUCCAGAAGUUCAGCCUGCUGUUCCUGAUCUGGGGGACCUUCCACAGGAGACUCCACUUAUUCUUUUAGAGAUGCCUCUGGAAGUACAGAAUUCAGAGCUCGCAGAGGCACAUGAAGAAUCUGUGCAUGAAGUUCCAGCAUCCCUUAAAGAAACCACAGCAGAAACGCAAGGAGACCAUGAAACCCUCAUCCCUGAAAAACCAAUUCUGGAGCUCAAGGAACCCGAUGUCUUAGAAGAUCACUCGGCUGCUGUCCGAGAACCCUUACUUGAUCUUUGUGAGGUAGCUGAAGUUCACCAAUUUGCCACCCCAGAAGUUUUGGGCGAGCAUGGAAUUGAGACUGUUGUAACACCUCUGCAAGAAGAUGUGCCUGUAGUUGAAAAUCCUGAAUCUCUCCACUCACCAGAUGUGCCUAUGUUUGAGGAACAAAGGGAAUCUAAUGAAGUUCUACUCGCCGACCUGUCAGAUGCUGCUAUGACCGAAACGGAGUCUUUGCAUCACGACUUACUUAAGGGACCUGAAAAGCCGCAGUCUGCCUUGCCUGACCUGCCUGAUGAAAAUGUUCUUGUAGAAUUGGAAAUGAAUAUCGACAAGAGCGAGAUCGAAAAAGCGGAUACAGAAAUUAACAAUGAUGAUGACGACCAUUCAGAAGACAGCAGGGUGUCGGUAUCAGAAAUGAGUGAUGCCCCCGUAACAGAGUCUAGAACAAUGGCAGAACCAACUGAAUAUUUGGAAAAGAGUGAGAUGUCUGGAAUGGAUCUUCACCAUGGGAUGGUUUCAGAAAUGGAUUCUGAAGAGGUCAGUCAUCCCUGCAUGUCUGAACUUAGUGCCCCUGAGUCAAAUGCAGGCAUGCUGGAAAGUAUGGACGAUCUGAAUGAGGUUGGCCGUGGAGGCUCCCCAGAUAUUGAAAUUGUGCCUGACAUCCAGGAUGAUUUGGACCAGCAAAGGGACGCAGUCCUCCAAGAAGCUAACCUGGAGAUGGACCUUGAAGACCGAGAAUGUGAAAUGGAUGUUGGGUCUGAGAAAGUUGAAGGUGUAGAGGAUGUUGAUCAGGAGGAGGAUGAAGAUGUGGAGAUGGUGAGUGAGGUGGUUACAGAAAGUGGUCAUGAGAGUUGUGGUAAUCCUGAAGAUGAAGACUUUGAAGAAGAAGAAAUGCCCCGGGAACUAGAGCACAUUACUCAAGCAACAAAUCUCAACAACUUGACCCCCAUUCAUUUAGAUGCUGCUUUGGCUACGGUGGCUUCUAGUUUAGCUGUGCUACAAGAUGAGCAAAGGGACUGCCAUAACCUGGUCGAUUUAGUAGAGUUGCACAAUGCAUCAGAUUUUCAGAAUGUGCCCAACAUUGGCUCAGCUGCUGAUGCAUGGGUUCCUCCUCAGGAACAUGAGAGUGAUUUAGCUCAGGAGAUGAGCAAGAAAGAGACUGACUUUUGUACAACAGAACUACCGGAACAGAGUGCUGCUCCUUGGUCUGCCAGUCAAGAUAGUUAUUCUCAAUCAGCAGUGGCUGCUUGGUCAGAGGAGUCCAAUUUUAAUCCCGCCAGUGUAAUAGACGAGUUUUCUUCUCCUGCGAAUGAACCCUUUACUACUGAAUAUCAAGAUUUGUACUCUGUUCAGGACCCUUAUGAAGUGGCAAGUAAACCUCAGUCAUUGCUGGUCGAGUCUGUAAUCGAACAAUGUUCCAAAAGAGAAGAUCUUAUUGCCCUCCAGUUAGAAAAGUGUCAGGGGGCCGCUGGCAGCAGCGACGCUACGCUCGAGUUUGAUUCUUACCUUGACGAAUCUAAAAGGUACCGUUCGUCUCCUCCGCCGCCUCCAGAGAGAGAGCAUGAAAAGGGCCUGUCUAAGUCGAGCACCCUGAGUGGGCCGGAGCUCGCAGCUCAGAGCAGCAGUGAGACGAGCACUCCUGAAGAACUUAAAGACUUUGACAGCAGCUCGGGAGUGGAAUCCAGAUCGGAUGAAAAAGUAACUGGAGUUCCUCCAAUUGACCAGGCUAACAGCCCCGUGGAAGAGCUUCCCAUUGAUCAGGAUUUGGGGAUUCACUUGGACAAAGGGGAUGAUGAGGCAGAAACGCUACCUGCCGAUGAGAUUUUGGGGGACCCUCCAACCGAACCGGCUUCCUCCUCUGAGGACCUAACAGAAGAGGAGGAUGAUCAUUCAGAUACCGAGGGAGAAAUGCUGAUUAAUGACCCAGGAGCGAUGGAUUUUAAUGGCAUCGAUAACCUUGCCUUCGAAGAGAAAGGAAAACUCUUGGCGGCGGCGGCUGCUGCUGCCGCCACCGCCGCCCAGGAGAAUAAGAUCCAGACUGAACUUCAGUCUGUGGAUGAAACGGAGGAACAUCUGAUGUCUGCUGAUGCAGGGGGCGCAGACACCCCCCAUUCUGCCAAUUCAGUUGCCUCCUAUGUUUUUGAUAGCACUUCAAAUGCCCAUUCCACUGCAGAAAGCUGUGGCAAGAGUCCUGGUAUCUUCUCUCUUGAGAACGAAGACCAGCUGCUGGAGGAAGGUGCAGAUCCUACGUUGAUUAAGGAGCUAAAGCUCCAGGAGCAGCAGCAGCAGCAGCACCACCACCACCACCACCCACCUGCUGAGGAUUUCGCCCAGGAAUCCAUGGAGAGAGUGGCACCUACAUAUAAUGACUCUGACCAGAAUGUGGAUCUACUUCCCUUGGAAGAUGUCUCCAGCAAAAUGGUUCCCCAGCAGCUCUGCCUAAACCCAGAUGGGGAGGAAGACUGCGAGUACAUGUCCUGUCCCAAGACAACUUUUGCCAGCAUGCUGGGAAACUUUGAAACGGACUGUCCCAUGGCAAGCCCUAGAGUGCUGCACCAGGAUUUGCCAAGCGAGGACUCAAAUGAGGAUUCCCCUGAUAAUGCACUUAGCUCUUCUGACAUGACCCCGGGCGAUGGUGACAUGGUCCCACCCUACUACUCGGCUAUUUGUGAAAAGACUGAUAACGUGCUGGCAGGAAACCAGAACAGGAAGAUGGCUGCUGAUAACCCUCCUAAUGCCCCAGUGAUGCUGGUAAUCUCUCCUGGACAGCAGUCUUCUCCAACUUCACUUCUUGGCACCAUUUAUGAAGCCAUGGAAACCUCAGAUGAUGAAGAGGAUCAGAAAAGAAAAGUGCAUCUCCUGGGACAGCAGGAGAUUAAGGUGAGGCACAAUGAAGACGGGCAUUUUCUCUCAAACGAAGAGCUGUCCAUGAGAAACCGGAAAUCUCUACUUCAGCUCGACUGUGAAAAGGCUGACAUGGUCCAGCAGCUCAUUCAGCAGACCUUGCUCAUCUCUGGAGAGAAGGCUCACCUGCCUUGUAAAGGUGGCACAAUUAGUGAGGUGGAAGUCAGCCAGUGGACAGACCUGAUUUCUCCACUGAAUGAUUCUGCCUGCAUCACAUCGGUGACCAGCUACUCCCCUGAAGAUACCGUGUCGCCACAGGGAGACUGGAUGGUGGUGGAACUGGAAACUCAUCAUUAACCUCGCUCGCUGGGAUCGGCCUGGUCUGCUCCAGGCAAUGCCCCUUGUGCCCACCCACCGUGUGU